GACGCACGAGAUCGGGGCACGUACGCGUUCGCUUCAUUUCCUCGUCUCGUUUCACUGGGCGGACGCGCGCCAUGAAGACUACUUCUUCGCACGGGUUCGCCACCGCGUCUCUUUGCACCCCGUUCGUGCUCCUCGUGCCGCUCGGCCUCUUCGCCGUGUUGCUCGUGCUCCCGAGCCUCGGCUCGUCCCACGUCCGCUCCGACGGCCUCGGCGUGUUCUGCCGCGGCGCGGGCGCCGACGGUUAUUACUCAGUCGCGUCGGGUGCUGACGAGGAGGUCGCCGCCGAGACGCCGCCGGAGUUCAGCCUGCUCGUCGGCGUCCUGACCAUGCCAAAGCGGCGCGAGCGGCGGGACAUCGUGCGGAUGGCAUACGCGCUGCAGCCGCCGGCCACGGGCACGCGCGUGGACGUGCGGUUCGUGUUCUGCCGCAUGGACGACCCCGUGGACGCGGCGCUGGUGGCGCUGGAGGCCCGGCAGCACGGCGACGUCGUCGUACUCAACUGCACCGAGAACAUGAACGACGGCAAGACGUACGAGUACCUCUCCUCGGUGCCGCGCCUGUUCACGUUAGACUCCUACGACUACGUGAUGAAGACCGACGACGACACGUACCUGCGCGUGGCCGCGCUCGCCGAGGAGCUCAGGGGCAAGCCCCGCGACGACGUGUACCUCGGCCACGGCUUUGCCGUCGGUGACGACCCCAUGCCGUUCAUGCACGGCAUGGGGUACGUCGUGUCGUGGGACGUCGCCGAGUGGGUGUCCACCAACCAAGAGAUCCUGCGGCACAACGACACGCACGGGCCCGAGGACCUGCUCGUCGGCAAGUGGCUCAACAUCGGCGGUCGGGGCAAGAACCGGUACAACCUCAAGCCGCGGAUGUACGACCUCAACUGGGACAUGGACAACUUCCGGCCGGACACCAUCGCGGUGCACAUGCUCAAGGACAACCGCCGGUGGGCGGCGGCGUUCAGGUACUUCAACGUCACCGCGGGGAUCGAGUAGUUAAGUUGUUCAUAUUGUUUUUUUUUUAUUCCUUGAGAUGACGUUGGUUGAUUGUGCCAACGUGGCCUACAUAAUUCGCAUUCUUUUCUCAGAUUUAUUUAUCGUUUUUGUGUGAUUGGGAUUUAUUUAUCA